GUGCGACAACAACAAAAAAUAGAAACAAAAAAUGUUGCUUCACAUUAUUGUGUUACUUUCUCUUUUUUCCUCUGUUUUUGCUACAAAUUCAGCUCACAACAAUUUCAUUCAAUGUCUUGUAAACAAUUCUGAACCUUCAAAUCCAAUAAUUGAAUCAAUUUUCACACAAAACAGUCCUUCAUUUCCUUCAAUCUUACAAGCCUACAUAAGAAACCUUCGUUUCAACACAUCAACAACGCCAAAACCAUUCCUCAUAAUCACUCCAUUAUAUGUUUCACACAUAAAAGCAUCAAUAAUUUGUGGUCAAAAACACAACUUUCAAAUGAAAAUAAGAAGUGGUGGACAUGACUAUGAGGGUGUCUCUUAUGUAGCUGAAGUUCCAUUCUUUAUGUUAGACAUGUUCAAUCUUAGAUCAAUUGAAGUUGAUAUAGAAAAUGAAACAGCUUGGAUUCAAAGUGGAGCGACACUUGGUGAAGUUUACUAUAGAAUUGCUGAGAAAAGUGAAAUUCAUGGUUUUCCAGCUGGUGUUUGUCCUACUGUUGGUGUUGGAGGACAUGUUAGUGGUGGUGGUUAUGGUAAUUUGAUGAGAAAAUAUGGUACUUCAAUUGAUAAUGUUAUUGAUGCACAAAUAAUUGAUGCUAAAGGUAGAUUACUUGAUAGAGAAGAAAUGGGUGAAGAUCUCUUUUGGGCUAUAAAAGGUGGUGGUGGAGCAAAUUUUGGUGUUGUUCUUUCUUACAAAAUUAAGCUAGUUCAUGUUCCUAAGAUAGUAACUGUUUUUGAAGUUCAAAGAACUUUGGAGCAAAAUGCAACAAACAUAGUUUAUAAUUGGCAACAUGUUGCACCAACUACAAGUAAUGAUCUUUUCAUUAGGCUUAUAUUGGAUGUUGUGAAGGAUGCAAAAAAUGGAAUGAAAACUAUAAGGGCUAGUUUUAUAGCUCUUUAUCUUGGUGACUCAAAAUCUCUUGUUUCAUUAAUGAAUGAGAGUUUUCCUCAAUUGGGUUUGAUGGAAAGUGAUUGCAUUGAAACAAGUUGGCUUAAAUCUGUUCUGUUUUGGGAUAACAUAAACAUCGAUACGCCGGUCGAGAUUUUGCUGGAAAGACAACCUCAGUUACUUAGGUACUUGAAAAGAAAAUCAGAUUAUGUUAAGGAACCUAUUUCCAUUAUGGGUUUUGAAGGAAUUUGGAAAAAAAUGAUUGAGUUGGAAAAGGGUGUAAUGUUUUUCAAUCCUUAUGGUGGAAAAAUGGCUGAAAUUUCAUCAAAUGAAACUCCUUUACCUCAUAGAGCUGGAAAUUUAUGGAAGAUUCAAUAUCAAGCUAAUUGGAAUGAGGCAGGCGAAGAGGUAACAUUUUAUCAUAUAAAUGUUACUAGAGAACUUUAUAAAUAUAUGACUCCUUUUGUGUCCAAAAAUCCAAGACAAGCUUAUCUUAAUUAUAAGGACUUAGAUUUGGGUAUUAAUCAGCAUGGUUUCUUUAGUAGCCACUCACAAGGUAGUGUUUAUGGAAUUCAAUAUUUUAAGGAUAAUUUUCAUAGGUUGGUUCAAAUAAAGAGUAAGGUUGAUCCUGGUAAUUUCUUCAGGAAUGAACAAAGUAUCCCUGUGCUUGGCUAUGUGGAUAGAGUUAGAAUGGUGAUUGAGAAUAAAUCUUUUAUUUCUAUUAUUUUUUGUUUGCUAGUUAAUUGGAUUUGGAAACGGACACAUGGUGGUGUUAAAAAAAAAAUAGUUUUUUUUGGUUAAAGUGAUUAGAUUCACACAUUUUAAGUGUGAAUAAGUGGAGAAUUUUAAAUUUGAAUUCGAGUUUAUACAAAUCAAUGUGCUUAUAACUAUCAACUAAAUUGUAUUGAUGGGAAGAAAAAUAAUAAUAAAUUUAGUAGACUUAAUUAUUUUAA